UUGUUUUACCAGGCUCGAAGACUGCUAUUCCAGUGGAUUUCCAAGGGCAAGAGCUUUAAUCUUCUAUCAGCGCUGUUUUUGCAGGAAGCUAUUUCAAUGCCCGUGGGAGUUUAAGCUAGGAGUGGCGAAUACAUGUAAUGUAUGCUGCCAUUUCCCCUUCCCGUGUCUGGCAGUCUGAUGAUUGGUCACAGCACAUAUUCACAUGGGAUUCAGAGUCCUUAGCUCAAUUGACUGAAGUUGGUGCUUUAAAUGAAACGUAUUUGCUUUCCCUGGUUUAAGCCCUUACGUGUGCGUUCAGGCUACGUAAGCAAUAGCCCGGUUAGCCAAGUGAGCUUGGCAGCUCUGGGGAACGCCCAGUUUCUUUCUCUGUGGCGGUCACAUACCUUUCCCACGGGACUGGGGCAGACCUUCUCUUCCCAUCCCACGGGGUGGGUUCUUCAUGUCCACGUCCACACUCACUACCCCAGAAGCCAGGAUGCCUCUCGGCUUCCCUGUGUUUGCAAAGGGAUCCUGAUUUUGACAGCAGUCAACACCUACCCGUCAUUAUUUAGGAGAAUCUGUACCCUUUCUAGGUCUUCCUGGGUAUUGGAAGAGACCUUUGAGAUCAUUCGGCUGAAAGGUGGCAAAGUGACAGUCCGUGCUGAAUGAAGCCUACCAUCAUGCUCUGUUUAAUCCUAAUGGUGUCUGAAACAAUUUUGAUUUGGUUGCCAACAUUUAAAGAUCCAGAAUUUUAGCUUCUCAGAAAAAUUAGAAGGUCUGCUGAUACUGGGCCAGUGGUCCCUUGGGUGCUCUGUAGUAGCCAUGAUCCCUGAUUUACUCAUUUACAUUGUCUGGCCUCUGUGGCCACUUAAAUUUAUAACCAUUGAUUCUAAUCUCUCUGUCCCUUUGCUCUACUCCCAUCAUACUAUUUGGGCAACUGAGUAGGGUGAGGCUAUAUAAGCGGCAGUCUAGGUAGGCAGCUGCCGAAGCCACAUGACCUGUCCAAAGUCACAGAGCUGAUAAGUGGCAGGAGUGGAACUAGAACCCUGAUUUGGUCACUCCCGCCUUAAUGUUUUUUCUCCUCUCUGUACCAUCUUAAGAGUUUGGAUGACUGUCAGAUCAUAGGGGAGGCUAUGUGGUGUGGUUAAAAAAAAAAAUGGAGAAAAGAAAUCUGGGUUUAGAUUCCAACUCUACCACUUGCUAGUGUAACCUUAAGGGAAUCUUCAUAGAAGCUCAGUUCCCUAUAUGUAAAUUGAGGAUAUAGUGGAGUCAUUCCUUACAGGAUAAUGAUAUUCUAAAAGCACGGAUGGUGAAAAUUAAAUUUGGCCAAAAAUCACAGUCAGCUUGAAAUUCCUUUGGCAAAGAGCCAUUUAAGAACCAAUUAUCCUGUCUUUUAGUAAGCUGACCAGCAUAGCUGGGUUUUCUUGGUUGAACGUUAGAUGAAAGAGCUGUCCUCUGACUGGGGAGCACACUGUGUGAAAGAUGCUCUGCUCACACUCAGAGGAAAGAGGCUUGAGGGAACUCAGACCAACCUGGGGACCAGCCGAGUCAUGGGUAUGCUCACCGCAUGCUCACUCUGGCAUAGACACAUAGUGAAAGGAACUGGUGCUCUGUUUAAAUGAUGUCCUUUCUCUUCCUGGUGUUUGUGUGUAGUUUAAUAUGUGUAAGUUACAGACCAGUGUAACGCAGCUCAACACUAACGACACUUCACUUGCUUGCCUAGAGGAGUCAGUGAGAUUAUGAAUGUGUAGGACUUAGCACCGGCUCUGGCACCUCAUGGGUGCUCAGUAAAUGGCAUCUCUUUGAGGCUGCUGGUCCUAGUGAGGCCCUGAUGCUCCUGAGAGUCUCAGGACUGAGGAGUGCCCUUGUCCAUGUUUCCUCUGUGAAGUCACCCUGCUCUUAGCCGACUGUGUUGACCUCCCUCUGUGGACAGGUUGCUGUUCAUAUCUGUCCAAGAGGGUAGCAGAAAAAUCAUUCAGAUUGGUAUUGGAAAAUAGCCUCUGGGACUUUCAAGUCUCCCCAGAAGAAAAUACCUGUUACCUGAGACUCUGGGCUUUGGGUCUGGUGGAACUACUAUCUGCCCGUUUUGCUGUGGUGGUCUCUGUGCAGGAACACACACUUCUUCGCUUGCUCAUUGGCUGUCUCUCUUAUGAGACUGUAACUUUUAUGCAGGUGGAGACGGUCUGUCCUAGUUACUAUUGGCUCUGUAGCUCCCACUGCAGUGCAGGGCAUGUGGUGGGACUCGGUAGGUGACUGGUAAAUUAGUCCUUGUGUGAGAGAGUGACACAAAUGUGUUUCGACUAGUGCAUGAUUAGGGUUGUGCUUAAAAAUGAACUUUCAUGCAAGGUUAAUUCUUGAGCUUAAUGUGAAUUAUGGACCUUCAUAGCCCAUUAGGUUUUUAAUGUACUAAAGUUACUAUUUUAAUAAAAGGCAACAGAACUUCCAAUGACCCUGCUAUUUAUCAAACACUGAAUUGGGCACCAUGGAUACAGAAAUGAGUACAAUAUAGUAAUGCAAUCUAAUGGGGGCCUGUCGGAUGUAAAAACAGGUAACUACAAUAGUGUAGGAUAACACCUGUAUUAGAGGUCCGUGCCAGGUGCUUUGGGAACACAGAACUGGGGAGGCAAUUCUUAGAGAGCAGGGGUGGGGGCAUGGUGACAGGAGCACGGCAAGGAACUCUUAACCGAUGAUGUGACAUUGAGCUAAUAGCUGAAGGACUAGCAGGAAGUUGCUAGGUGGUCAUGAGUUGUGUUCCUAGCCUCUCCCUAAGGAAGCGGAGGUCUUUAGGACAAGCCUUUGUUUUUCUUCACCCUUGCCUUAUUUCCAGACAGUCCAGUCAGAUGGCCUAAAAUCAAAAUAACCACCCUCCGUCCAUUUUCAGUUCAGCUGUGUUAUUCCCACUUGGAAGCGGCUAACAGCCUUCUUGGAGCGGGCAUUUUUUGUGUCAUCUAGAGUUGUUGGGAAUGACACAGAGAGCUCAUUUUUCUGGAUAACCCAGCAUGAGUGUUGUCAGCGUCUUCACUGUGUAGGCAGCAGCCCCAGACGUUCACCCAACAAACAUUUACUGAGAGCCUCCUGUGUUUAGUGCUUAUUGUGGGUGUGGGGUUAGGAAGGGUGUGAAACACAAAGUAAGCUAUAAUCCUUGCCCUCAGUGAGGCUGUAAUCUCUCUGGGGAUACCCACGUGUACAUAGAUCCCUCUGAUACAACCUAGAAAGUCGAAAGUGUCACAGAGAUGGAAAUAAAGAGAAAAGAAUUCCUCUGGCAGGAGUAAGAAGGUCAUUCUUUUUUUAUCCAGUGUGCACAGAAAGGGAUUAAUUAUAAUCCUGCAUGACACGUCACCAUCAUUUGUUGACCAUUUUUGCACCAUUUACUGAGUGCUUCCUGUGUGCGCUGAGCACUGUGCUGGGUCCCUUAGGAAGCCUGUGAGCUAGUGGGUAGAUAAUUAUAAUAAAGGACGGUCAGGGUAACGAUACAGAAAUCAUAAGGUGGCAUGAAGCUUGUGGCUGAGUCCUGGAUCUUGUCUCAGGGAACAGGGAGGGCCUCUUGGAAAAAGUACAAUUUAAGCUGAGCCUAGCUAAGUGAAGACACGGAGGAGACUGUCCCCAAAGGAGACCCCACCGUGUGGGAGCGUUCCGAGGGCAGCACGGUGCCGGAGCUGCAAGCUAUGCAGCUGAAACACCGUGACUCGAGGGAGCAUGGUAAAGAAAAGAGGGGGAGACUUGGGCAAGGUUUGUACUUUAUCCCGAGCGAAACGGGAGCUCAUGGAACGGUGUUGAGCAGGGAUGUGACAUGGUCAGAUUUUGCUGUUGUCUGCAAAGAAUGUUGUGCAAAGAAUGUUGUUGUGCAAAGAAUGGAGCAGGGGUUGGGGUGAGGGGAGUGGAGGCAGGGCACGAGUUAGGAGGCUGAUCAUGUGGUAAAACAUGAUGGUUCUCUGGACCGAGGCGGUGGCAUUGGGAAUGUAGAUACUUAGAAGGCCAAGCGGACACAGCUUGGUGGUGAAUUGGAUGUGGGGGAUCAUGGAGAAAGACGAUGCCCAGGUUUCCAGCGUGGCGAACUAGCUGGAAGGUGCUGCCUUCGUUGGGUGGAGAACUCUACAAGGACAGGCUUGCAGGAGAACGUGAUGAAAUCAGGCUUUGACCCGUUGAGUUCAAGAGCCUUGGGAAGUGUUUCCCCUCCCAGGAGCCCCUUGAAGGACACAUCAUAGAUGCAGAAAGACAUUGGCUGCAGACAGCCCAGCUGACGUGAGGCUUCCAGGAUAGAGCAUGGCUGUAGUCUUGGAAUCCCAGGCCCAGGCCUCUCCCCCCGCAGAGCUUGAAGAACUCCUGAUUGUGAAACUGGAGGAGGACGCAUGGAGAUCAGAGCCCAGACCCCGGGAGAAGGACCAUGACCCUGUCCCUGGCCCCGAGGCCUCCCGCCAGCGCUUCAGGCAGUUCCGGUACAGGGAUGCAGCGGGACCCCACGAGGCCUUCAGCCAGCUCUGGGCACUCUGCUGUCGCUGGCUGAGGCCGGAAAUCCGCCUCAAAGAGCAGAUCCUGGAGCUGCUGGUGCUGGAGCAGUUCCUGACCAUCUUACCCAGGGAGGCCCAGGCCUGGGUGCAAGCGCGCCACCCCGAGAGCGGCGAGGAGGCAGUGGCCCUGGUGGAGGACUGGCACCGAGAGGCCCGGGCUGCAGGACAACGGGAACUGGACUUGUGUGCAGAAGAGACCAGGCCCUUAAAGGCAAUGCAGGAACCUCAGAGCUCUCAGCUGCAGCCAAUGGAUCACUGGCCCAAGGGACAGUCCCAGAGGCAGUGGGUGAAGAAUCCAUGCCCUGACCUUCCCAUGCAUCUUGACACCAAGAUGGUGCCUCAGACCUUGAAAGAGAGUGCUGUCCUCACUCCCCGAGCCCCUACUCUCCCAAAGAUGGGGAGCGUUGGCGAUUGGGAGGUGACAGCUGAGUCUCAGGAAGCCCUGGGCCCUGGCAGACAUGUGGAGAAGGAGUUUCGCAAGGACCCCCCAGGAGACAACUGUGGGAACGGCGUGUCCCUGGGAGUUCCAGUUUCAAAACCAAAUAUCACCUCCCAGCGAGAGCAAGGACCAGAAUUUUUCGGCCCAAGUCUUAUAAAUUCUGGAAAAAGGAACACUGCAGAUUACAGCCUGGAUAUGGAGCAAACAAAACCAGCUCCAGCAUUGGCCUGGAGGGACUCAAGGGCCUGGGAAGAACAAUACCAAUGGGACUUGGAGGACAUGAAGGUGUCAGGUGUGCACUGGGGCUAUGAGGAGACCAAGACUUUCCUGGCGAUUUUGAGUGAAUCCCCGUUCUCUGAAAAGCUCCGGACUUGUCACCAGAACCGCCAGGUGUACCGAGCCAUUGCGGAGCGGCUGAGGGCACGGGGCUUCCUGCGGACCCUGGAGCAGUGUCGCUACAGGGUCAAAAACCUCCUACGGAAUUACCGGAAAGCCAAGAGCAGCCACCCCCCAGGGACCUGUCCCUUCUAUGAGGAGCUGGAGGCCCUGGUGAGGGCUCGGACCGCCAUCAGAGCCACAGAGGAAGCGGGAGAGCCUGUGGCACUUCCCAGGCUGGGGGACAGUGAUGCAGAGAUGGAAGAGCAGGAGGAAGGGGGCUGGGAGCCUGAGGACACAGCAGAAGCCUGUAAUGGUGAUGACCUGGCCACUGAUGAGUCCGUCCAGGGGCCUAGGAUUCCAGGCGGUCCGGCUCUGUUCCAAAGUCGUAUUGCAGGUGUGCACUGGGGCUACGAGGAGACCAAGGCCUUCCUGACCAUUCUUAGUGAGUCCCCAUUCUCUGAAAAGCUUCGCACCUGUCACCAGAACAGCCAGGUGUACCGGGCCAUUGCAGAGCGGCUGUGUGCACAGGGCUUCCUGCGGACGUUGGAGCAGUGUCGCUACAGAUUCAAAAACCUCCUUCGAAGCUACCGGAAAGCCAAGAGCAGCCACCCGCCGGGGACCUGUCCCUUCUAUGAGGAGCUGGACUCGCUGGUGAGGGCUCGGACUGCGGUCAGAGCCAUGGGGACCAUCAGGGAGGCAGUGGGCCUCCCUACAUCUGGGCAGAGCAGUACUGAGGCUGAUGAGCAGGAGGCCUGGGAUGAGACCGCAGAUGAAGAUGCCAUCAAACCUCCAAUCCCAUGCCCCAAAACCCCAGAUACUGGUUUUGAGAUGAGGCAUGAAGAUGAAGACGAGAAUCCAGAGCAGGAUAUUUUUGAGGAUUUGCCUGGUGCCUUAUCAAAAUGUACCACAGAAAUUGUUUGCCACCCUCAUGAUUGGGGGGAAGACAGUGAAAAUGAAAAUGAAAGUGAAGAGCAGUGGGGAAACCCCUCACAGGAACAGUGGGAAGAAUGUUCUUCUGAAGAGGAUUUAGAAAAACUUAUUGACCAUCAAGGCCUGUACCUUGCAGAGAAACCCUACAAGUGUGACACGUGCGUGAAAAGCUUCAGUCGGAGCUCCCACUUUAUCGCCCACCAGCGGACACACACAGGUGAGAAGCCCUACAAAUGCCUCAAAUGUGGGAAAAGCUUUAGUGACCGCUCCAACCUCAAUACCCACCAGAGAAUUCACACUGGACAGAAGCCCUACAAAUGCCUCGAAUGUGGGAAAAGCUUUAGCGACCACUCAAAUCUCGUCACCCACCAGAGAAUCCACACAGGGGAAAAGCCCUAUAAAUGUGGGCAAUGUUGGAAAAGCUUCAACCAGAGCUCAAACCUUCUGAAACAUCAGAGGAUCCACUUGGGAGGAAAUUCUGACCACUGUAGUGAGCCCGGGGAGAACUGUGGCCCGAGCCCACCCUUUAGUGCUCACUGGAGGAACUUGACAGAGGAGACGUCUCCUGAACAACCUCAGAGUGCCCGGAAGAACUUGAACUCCCCUGGACCGCACAGCACCAACUCAGAGGAGAAACUGUAUCCGUGUUCUGAAUGUGGAAGAACCUUUUCUAAGAGCUCUGCCCUCAUUAGCCACCAAAGAAUCCAUACGGGUGAGAAACCAUAUGAAUGUGCUGAAUGUGGGAAAAGCUUCAGUAAGAGCUCCACGCUGGCCAACCACCAGCGAACCCACACUGGGGAGAAGCCGUAUAAGUGUAUGGACUGUGGGAAAUGCUUCAGUGAGCGCUCUAAGCUCAUCACACACCAGAGAGUGCACACAGGAGAGAAGCCCUACAAAUGCCUCGAGUGUGGAAAAUUCUUCCGUGACCGUUCUAACCUCAUUACUCACCAGAGGAUUCACACAGGAGAGAAGCCUUAUAAGUGCAGAGAGUGUGGGAAAUGCUUUAACCAGAGUUCCAGUCUUAUUAUUCACCAGAGAACACACACUGGGGAGAAACCCUACAAGUGCAUGGAGUGCGGCAAAGACUUUAACAAUAGCUCCCACUUCAGCGCCCACCGGAGAACCCAUGCAGGAGGGAAAGCAUCGUAGGAGACAACUCCCCCUACCACAAAAGACAUAAAUGUGUAUUUAAAUCUCCCAAGAUCCUAAGAUUUAUGGUAGAAAGAAACACUCCCAAUUUUCAAGCUUGGUGCAUACCCAGGGAAAUAAUCUUAAUAUAAUCCAGGCCCCUUGGAAGUGAAUUACAAAUGCUAAGGAUCCAGA